AUGCGUGCAGCUCUCUUAUGGACUAUUAAUGACUUUCCAGCAUAUGCCAACCUGUUAGGAUGGAGUACUAAAGGCUAUCUCGCUUUCCCAUGUUGCCACAAGGAUACAAGUUCAGUAAGAUUGCGAAAUGGGAGAAAAAAUGUUUAUUUAGGGCACCGGAGAUUCUUACCUAUUGGUCAUAGGUUACGAAGCAACCUGAGCUCUUUUAAUGGCCGCAGAGAACAUGAUAGUGCACCAAAACCUUUAAGCGGUGAGGAUGUUCUUCGGCAGUUCCGUGGUUAUCAUCAAAUCACUUUUGGCAAGGAAGGACAUGAUGUGUGUGGGGAUAAAAUAAGGAGGGAUGACAAUGAGCUUCCUUAUAAUUGUAAGAAGAUAAGCAUUUUCUUCGAACUAACUUACUGGAAAGAUCUUCUCUUACGGCACAAUAUUGAUGUUAUGCAUACCGAGAAGAACAACAUCGAGAGUUGGAUAGGGACACUGUUGAACAUAGAAGGUAAGACAAAAGAUAACUUGAACGCUCGGGAAGAUUUGAAAGUAUUGGGUAUACGUGGACCACUUCACCCUGAAGCUUUGGGGAACAACAAAUUCUACCUUCCUCCAGCAAAGUAUACCUUGUCUUUGGCGGAGAGGAGGAAUAUUUUUCAAUUCUUGCGUGACAUAAAGGUACCUGAUAGUUAUUCAUCGAAUAUUUCGCGGCACGUUCAGGUACAAGAAUGCAAGAUUCCCGGGCUAAAGAGUCAUGACUGGCAUGUUCUCAUGCAACAACUUUUUCCUGUUGCGGUGCGUGGUAUCUUACACGAUGACGUGACUAGAGUUUUAGUUGAGUUUUCUGAUUUUUAUACUCAAUUAUGCUCCAAGACAUUGAGAAUCGAAGAUUUGGAGGCGCUUAAAAAAAUGUAUCUCACUUUGUGCAAAAUGGAGAUGAUAUUCCCUCCUUCCUUUUUCGAUAUUAUGACACACUUGCCUGUUCAUCUAGCAGGAGAAGCUAUAAUUGCUGGACCUGUUCAUUACCGGUGGAUGUAUCCAAUCGAACGGUACUUGUACACCUUGAAAAAGUAUGUGCGAAAUAAAAGUCAACCUGAGGGAUCGAUUGCACAAGGGUAUCUUGCUGAUGAAUGUCUGACAUUUUGCUCCAGAUACUUGAGUGCUGAGAUUAAUACAAAGUUCAACCAGAUAGGGAGAAAUAGUAAUGGUGAUGGUGCGACGACAUCUAUUCAUGAAUCGCCUAUCUUUGAAGACGCAGGUCGUUCUUUAGGGAAACCAAUUUUCCGAACUUUAUCUGACAAUGAGUGGGAGGAAGCCCGAAUGUAUAUGUUGAGUAAUUGUGAUGAAAUUAUUCCGUUCAUCGAGAAACACAAGCAAACAAUUCGUGAUAAAUAUGGAAGGAAAAUUCGUGAUAAUGAGUUGGAGCAUUGGCAUGCCAAAAUGUUCGGUGGUUGGUUCGAAAACCAUGUUUGUGAAAUGAAGCGAGAUGGUGAAAUAGUGAAAAAGGAUAUUGAAAUCCUAUCCUAUGGGCCUAAAAAAUCAGUUAGUUGUUAUAAAGGAUAUAUUGUGAAUGGGUUUAGGUUUCACACAAUUGAUCAUGAGAAGAACAGAAACACACAGAACAAUGGUGUUUGCGUUAAUGUACAAACUUCAAAUAAAGAUAGUAUUGAAUCUAUUGAUUACUACGGUAGAUUAGAUGAAGUCGUGGCAUUACAGUAUCGCGAGGGGAACCAAGUUGUUUUAUUAAAUUGUCAUUGGUGUGAUAUCAACGAGACAAGAAAGAAGCAGCGAGAUGCAUUUGGGUUUACGUCGUUGAAUUUUACAAGAACCAUAGCCAAAAAUCAACCUUUUAUGCUUGCAAAGCAAGCACAUCAAGCAAGGGAUCACUAUAGUUUGGGGUCACCGGAAGUUGAGCUCAUCCAAGAAGAUUCAUCCCACACAGAUAAUGUAACCAGUGCAGCUGAAAUUGUCCAAGACUUUGAGAGUUGGACCCGAAAUGAAAUUGGAGGGGAAGAGGUGAUUAGAAGUACAACUGACGGUGAUAAAGGUGAUCUAAAUAAUGACAGUGAUAGUGAUCACAGUGAUUAUUUUAGUGAUUGUGAACGAGAUGAUCUCGCCUAA